AUGGCAGACGAACAACCGACGCUCACUAGCCUCGCGGCCAAGAUCACUGAGCUGUCCGAGACCUUGACCAAGUACCUCAAGGAGAACAAUGUCCCAGCGCCGACCUUUGCGGCAGAUAGCCCUACCAGCUAUUCAAAUCUGUCGCCGGAAAUCUUCAUGAUACGCCAGGCGCUGUUGGACAACCUGAACGACAUGUGGUACCUUACGCAGGGUCCGAGCGAGAGUAUUUUCAACUACGUCCACUGCUGCAUGCCCGACGCUGCCUGCCUCAAUGUCCUGAACUAUUUCAACUUCUGGUCCGCUGUGCCCCUGGAGGGCUCCGCAUCCUACGCCGAGAUUGCGCAGCACGUGUCCCUGCCGGAGGACGUGGUUAAACGUGUGAUCCAGCACGGUGCAACCCUGCGGAUCUUCUCCGAGACGGAGCCCGGCAAGAAGACGACUCGCGUGCAGCACACGUCUCGCUCGGCGGCGCUGGCUCGCAGUUCUGGACUGAGGGCCCUCACUUCGACCAUUCUCGACGACGCCGGUGCCCCGAUGAUGGUUCUGAACGAGGCGUUGGAGCGUUACAACCGCGGCAAGCCCGAGCUGACGCAGGAUAUGAGCCAGACUGCCUUCGCGCUCUUCCACAGCGGUGGCAUCUACGGCCAGCACGCCAACUCGUGGGAUCUUCUCGAGAAAGACGGCGAGGGCGAGAAGAAGGGCUGGCGGUCGAGGAAUUUCGUCGAGUUCAUGCGCUACGUCAAGGAAAUCUUCCACCUUGAAGGCGUGGUGCUGGAUGCUCAUGACUGGAAGUCGGUUGGAAAAGCUAAAGUCGUCGAUGUUGGCGGCUCAGCAGGCCACGAUGCAGUUGUGUUGGCGCGCGAAUUCCCCGACCUUACUGUCACGGUGCAGGACUUGUCAAAGGUCAAGUCUGAAUUCGACGCCAGCGUGCCAGCAGAGUUCAAGGACCGCGUGACUUUCAUGGAGCACAAUUUCUUCGAGCCGCAGCCGGUCGAGGCCGACGUCUACAUGUUCAAGAUGAUUCUGCACGACUGGCCUGACCAGGAAGCCGCCAAGAUCCUGCGCGCCCUGGUGCCGUCGCUGAAGCCUGGCGCUCGCGUGCUGCUCUUCGAGUACAUCGGCAGCCAUGACGAGUCUGGCGAUGGUCCAGCCCUGCCGCGGUCCAUCCAGCAGAUGGGAACGGCUACGGAUCUGAGACUCAUGGCGCUGUUCAACGCAAAGGAGCGUCCGGUUGAUGCUUGGAAGAACAUCUUCAAGCUUGCAGAUGAGCGCUUCGAAGUCUCCAACGUGAAGGCAAACCCGCAGCAGAACUUCUUCGCAGUGAUUGAGGCGGUCUGGCGUGGGUGA